AUGAAAAGGGUUGAAUCAUUCGCUGAAAUGGUGGACAAGGUGUUGGUGAGAGCUGUCAAUGAUUUGGCUAUUGCUGGAUCAAGAUUCCUCAGAGACAAAAAGACCGAUGAACUACAACUCAUCAUUGACAAAGGACCACAACUAUUAAAGUUGAAUCAACUCAUGUAUCCAGUUCAAUUGAUUGAACAUCCUGAAAAGAUUCGUCCUCUCAACACAUCUUUUGAAGACAGAAAUGCAUCACAAACUCCAGUCAACAUACCUAAUAUUUCCAAACCCUACAUCUAUCAUUUCGAUGGAGCCUUUUUCUACCCCAUGAUUGGUAGUGAUUACAUGAAAGGUAAAAGAGAUAUCCCCAACUAUAUCGAGCCGUUUAGUGGAUGUACAGGUGUGUAUAAUCAAGGGGGUUCAAAACUCCCCAUCAAACUGCCAGCCAAGCGAUGGGUACAACUUCGUAUAUACGGUAUCUUUUACAAAAAAAUGACCUCAUUGAAUAUCAAUCACGUUCCCCUCGAGUACAAGUUGGACGUACCAAUGAAAUGUGUCGAUCUGGCAACCGAGGAUGGUCAAUCAGAAGCUGGUCUCAUCUACACCAAAAAGAUGUACACCAAUGAAAUUCUAGUGGCAUUUGGAUUGUGUCGUGACAAUGUUAGACGUGAAAAGAUCCUCUUUGUCGAGCUCAUUGUCGCCGAUGCAUCAGAGCCUGCUGGCCCUGAAACCAGUGGAUUAACAACGUCUUUAGGUUUGAGAUCUGGUCCUUCAAUGUCUGCCGGCCCCCCUAGAGGAUAUCCACCUCCAAUGCCAAUGUAUAUAAAAUCGUUGAAUGCCAGGGCUGCAGCUCUCCCAAUGUUUGUUCAAUUCACCAACAUGUAUCUCGGUUUCAUCCUUGACCAAAUCGCCGACUUCCAUAACUUCAAUUAUACGCUUGUACAGAAGAACAAAUUGCGAGUUGAACUGUCCGAAUGGGCUGCCAUUGCCAACACCGAUGUCAGGGAAAUCUAUUCUAAUUACACUGCCACUUUCAACAAUGAUGCCAGGCUGGAAGCCGACGAGUUCAACCAGAUUGCUCAGUAUAUCUCUAUGACGGGACUCGCUGUUCACGAUCAAGCCUAUUUCUGGGAAUACUUGGAUCCUAUCGCGUAUCCCUACGGUGCUCCACCAAUUCGAACCAUUAAUUCCCCACUUGUCGGUGCCGACAUACUCCAUUCUGAUACUAUUUAUGGUACUAGCAGUACAAGUAUGUGUUAUCAUCCUAAACUAAACAACUAUAGCAACGGUAGAGACUAUCUCUAUCCAUCUCUUGAUACCUCUACCAUGACCAUGACCAUCUAUUUCACCAAUAGAAGUCCUCGUUCCUCCAAUCCAUACACUCAAUGGCGUAUCGACUAUAGAAACUCCAAUUUCGUAACAAUGGGUCUACAAGUCAACACUGAUGGUGCCUGUAUCUAUGGUAUUAAUGCCGCCGGUGCUAGAAAUUCAGCUUAUUGUCUUGAUGGAUCAAGUAAUGAAGAUGAAGGUGAAACAGAAGUUGUCUAUCGUUCAGCAACUGGAGCUGUCAUUUGGGGUAGAUUCAAGGUAUCUGAACUAUACCGCAACCAAGCAAUGUAUCCAGAUGAAAUCGCCAAAAAUUACUUGGGCUCUCCUUUCUUCCUUGCCUCGUUUGAACCAACCAGCUAUUCCCUCAAGGAUAUCAAGGCUAACACAAUCAUUACCCAAUCUCCAGCUUGUAAACAACGAUGCAGAAAGGGAUGGUUAAACAACGGUGUCUUCCAAAUUAUCUAUGCCACCAGUUCCAGCGAUUGUGGACCAGGUCAGUGGGAUGCUUUCAACAUUGGUUACGUCAAACCAAACAGAGGUUACCGUUUCAUUAUGGUUGCAUCGAUGCCCCAAAUGGUUCUUGUCGAUUAUAAUGGCUAUUAUCUUGAAGGUACCUCUUAUUCUACAGUUUAA